AUGUUUGGUACAGUGCAAGGAGCUGAGGGUCGCGUUGAUGGUAGAAGGCGUCGGUUAGGGAGUGGUGGAGGUGCAGGCAAUGAAGAAGUCGAUGUUUCAAAGAGUGGGUUGGGAUGGUUCAGAAAGGUAAUGGGUGGGUUACUGCCUUCAUGGGCAUUGGGCGUUGAGGGGUUGGGUUGGUGGGUCAAGGCUAGGGUUAAGCAUUCUCGGCUUGCAAUUGAGAAAGUGCCUCCAAAAGUUGAGACAGACGAGUUCCAUCAGCCAUGGAGUUAUCCUGGCUCUGAUACCACUGUCAAGUAUCCAGUAACUAAAUAA